AUGAAGAAGGCUGAGGAUGGCCUACGGUGCGUGUUAUCUGAAGGGAACACGCUUUUUCGACUGUGGUGGUAUGAUUGUCAGGACCUCUCCUCAUUCCGCCCGCUUGCCUAUUGGGAUAGCAGCCUUCAGGCUUUGCCUGCCCUUUUUUUCUCGGCCCGGGAAAGUGCUGGCAACAACAGAAAGGAAGGGGUCCAUGUAGCUGCUGCGUCCAGUCAUGCCAGAUAA